AAGUACUAAGCAUUGGCUGUCACUCUGCUUCAAAGCAGCCAACGAGUGGGCUGAGCACAGAAGCCUCAGCUGGCGAGGCAACGACGGACGGAUGCUGAAUCCAUUGCCCACUACUUCAUCCCCACAGUAAAAAGGAAGACAGAGGGGGUUAGGGAUCAGAGCGCAGAAAGCCACAUCCUGACAAGAGAGCCACUCUCACUUCCACAAGAAACCCAGAACUUGGAAUGACAAUUCCCAAAACCACCGCCAUAUUCCCGGCGGGCCUAGGAGACUUCAGAGCUGGAGAGAGAGGGGCGAGCAGGAGAGCGGUGGGGAAGAGGGGCUGGGGAGGGAGGAUGAACACAGGUAGUUCCCCGAUCCUGACGCAGCCCCAAACCGGUUCGCCCGGUCCCGCUGCCUCGGGCCCCAGGGCCUCCAACCCGCUGUCUGACAAGCCUUCACAAGAAGCAGCUGGAGAGAAAGAGACUUGAGAAUGGUGUGGGCAAAUCCUGGCUCUAAGCCCAGCGAUGCAGCUGGUCCCUGUGUGGAGACCCUCUAAACACAGCGGGCUGCCGAGGGGCUCUGAAGAGAGGAACGGGCCCCAUUUUCAACCAAGUGACAGGCAUUUGUCCUAGCACCAACCCUGCCCUAACCCCAGGGGAGGGCUGGGGGUACUCAAAAAGUAACAGAAGGAGAUCCUAACUUCUUCCCCUCCCCCAAUAUUUUCCAUCAGACUCCAUCCAGCUCUGUCCCCCACCCACUGCGACCCAGGAUGGGAACUUCGAUGAAUUGUACUGGCUCUGUUACUGUUCUCCGUGGCUGCCUCAAUCUGGCUUAAACCUUCCGGGUCCCAGCUCCACGGCGGUUCGUCUAGCACAGCAGAUCUCUCAGGGGAGACCCAGCGGCAGAUUCUGUCACAGACCAGGGAGAAGGCGUGAGGAGACAAAGCCGUCACAUCCCCGACAGCUCCCUUCGGCAGCCUCCUCCUCUCCAGUCCAGAGCCGAGCCCGAGACGUCCCUUCCGUCUUCGGAACACCCUAGUCAUUCAUUGCUAACAGGGAGUCAUGAGGGACCCUGUGAGUAGCCAGUACAGCUCCUUUCUCUUCUGGAGGAUGCCCAUCCCAGAGCUGGAUCUGUCGGAGCUGGAAGACCUGGGCCUGUCAGAGACGCCUUCCUACAAGAGCAAGGAUAGCAGCAGCGUUGGCAAAGUGGGCGGGCAAGCGUCUGGCAUGGAGCAGAAGAACCCUGAGGGCGACGCCCUCCUCGAGUACAGCACCUUCAACUUCUGGAGAGCGCCUAUUGCCAGCAUCCACCCUGUCGACCUGGACUUGCUUUAAGGCCAAAGGCCGAGAUCUCUGUCCUGCCCCGAACCCUCAUUGUCCUCUCUCUUAAGUCCCUUCCUCUCCAAGCCUUCCACUUUAACCAUGUUCUCUUCCCUCUAUUGUGCUGGUGGUGCUGAUGAAUCUGCCAAUCGAAUUGUACGUUUGUAUGUAUGUAUGUACUUAUGUAUCUAUUUAUUUAUCUAUUUAUUUAUUUAUUUAUUUAUUUAUUUAUCUAUCUGCCCACUCCAUUUCUCUCAAAAGCCCUCUAGGCACAAAGUCAAAGGUUUAAGUAAUGGAGUACUAGAUCAUAGGAUUUCCUCCUGCCAGCCCUGAGAAUAUUAACUAAUCCCAGAAAAAUCACCUUUAUUCUAGGCACCAGAGAGAAGUACAGUUGUGCAAAAACGGGAGACCAAUUUUUUUUGUUUGUUUGUUACAUUUUAAUCAGCUUCAAAGAUUACUUGAGCCUCCCUAAUUUCCUGCACCAGGGCAGUCAUCGAAUACUGCUUCAAGAAGUAAUGAGCACCUGAAAGUUUUGAGACGCUUUCUACAAAACAGGAUUUCUGAAAGGCUAAGAAGUUCUGCUUCUUAUAGAGCAUUCUCUUCCCCAGAAACAUGGAGGUAGUUGCAGGUGGAAAACAAGGGAAUGGGAAUGAGGGAAAAUGUCGUGUCGUUUCAGAGAUAGUUCCUUUAAUAUCCUGCUCUCAGAUCUACUUCUAGCUGUGGAUUGGAAAUGUUCAGAAAAUCAGAUUUGAGUCUUCACGGGAAAACUACACUCUCAGGAUAAUCCGUAAGAAGCAAAAGAUGUAUCUGAUGUAGAGAAAAGCCAGAGUAUCAUUAGGAGAACUUACACAAUUGUGAUUUAGUCGUGGAACAGGCGGAGUGCUUUGGUCCUUCGUAUUUUAGCUUUGCCUUCCUGCAGUAUGUGACAGGAAUCAGUGGGUCCUGGACACAGUGUUUCGGCUACCGUACAACUGUGACCCAAGCAGUCACAUUCAGACCCUACCCCAUCCCCAUUCUCUCCAAAGCUAUUGCAGAUGAACUGUGGAGCCAUUUAUUCAUUUAUGUAAUAAAGACGUUGAAUCCUAA